AUGGCCCCGAAGCUCCGCUCACACCGCAAAGCCUCCUCCGCACAUGGCCCAGAAGCCGACUACGUUGACAACAAGUCCGCGGGGCAUCCGAAAUUCAAGAAAGGCCGCAGCGGCAGAGCGUGCACCAGGAGCGGAGAAGCAAUAGCCGGGACGGAUAGCGAAGAUUGCGGAGUUGGAAAUGCCGAAGUGGGUGAAGCGGCUGGACAAAAGCAUCUGGAUCCACGGCACCAGCAGGGUCCGACGACGUCGACGUACUUCUACGUUGCUAUUGGUGUCGCUCUCCUGCUCUUGGUGCUCUGGCUGGCCUAUCGACUCGGUUGCGAUGUCGGAUACGCCGAGGCCACGUCUUACCGUUACGGCCAACGAUACCCGAACGAGCCUCUCUUUCGGCCACCGGCGUAG